AUGGGGAAAGAUACAGUCAUUGCAAAGCAGGAGGAAAAUAAUAAGUAUUGCUUUCAAGACAGCAAUGAUAAAUUACCAAACUCAACAGAUGAUGGUGAACAUGAGCCUGAUGAUGAUGAUGAAAACAGGAACCCUAAUAAAAGUACUCGUGCCCCAUUGGAGUUAAUGACAGAAUUCUUCAGAGCAGAAAUGGACCGAGACUACAAUCUGGCCAAAAAAUUAUGUCAGAUGAUCCUAGCUUAUGAACCAGAAAAUCCUGAAGCCAAGGAGUUCUUCUCACUUAUUGAAGAAAUGUUGCUGAUAGAGAAAACACAGUGUCCUGAGGAAGAUGGUGAUGACAGUGACGACAACAGUAGCCUUGAGAGUGAAGGAGAAAGCAGCAAGGAGCCGAGUGAAGAGAGCUCCGAAGGAGGUGAAGAUGGGUGA